AUGCGGCGCCAUGGCAGAACUAGUGGUGGCUCGACCAAGGCCGUCCACCCCAUCUCAGACACCGCAUCGCUGUUACAUUCCUUUGAUUCGCUCACGAAUCCCAAUCGUCCCGUACGACCGUCGCCCUUGACCUCGUCUAAUAUCCAGGCCCUCCCGCUGGACCUGGUCGAUCGAUUACGCUCCUUUCCUUUGUUCCAAUCUACCCCCGAAUCCUUCUUGAUCGAUGUCGGCCAGCACCUCCGCCCACAGCUCCAUGCGCCCAAUGACUAUAUCUUGACGGAGGGGGACGAGGCCAAAGCCAUUUACUGGUUGGUCCGGGGUGCCGUGUCUGUGACCUCUCGCGAUGGCGAAAGUAUAUACGCGGAACUCGAACCGGGGGCGUUCUUUGGCGAAAUUGGUGUGCUCAUGGAUCGCCCGCGGACGGCAACCAUCAUCGCCCGCACCCGAUGCUUGCUUGUCGUCUUAACCAAGGAGGACUUUCGGAGUAUCCUCCCUCGCUUCCCUGAUGUGGAGCGGGCAAUCAGAGACGAGGCUCAAGAGCGGCUGAUGAUCCUGGAGAAGAAGAAAAAGGAGACCUCCGCGCCGCCAGUGGAUCUCGUGAGUCCAGCGAGAAAGGGGUCGAAAAGACUGCGGGACGCAUGCUCCGGUGACCUGAGUCUCGUAGAUCAGGACGGCAGAAGCUUGAAGUCCGUCAAUAAGAAGCGAAAGUCCCCAAGUCCUGGAUUGGCUGAUGGAUCCUCCAGUGCGUUGGCGAACGGACUGGUAAAUGUCCGUCUAUUACUCAAGGAGCUGCCGCUAUUCGCCGGCCUGCCGCCGGAUAUCCUCCAUUUCCUAGGUCUGAAUGCGCAACCACGGUCUUACCCGCCAUUCACCGACAUCAUCAAACAAGAUUCCCAGGGUCGGGAGAUUUACUUCAUUGUUCGCGGUGAAGUUGAAGUCCUGUCGGAGAGAACGCAAAUGCAGCACGCGCAUUCCCUACCGAACACGAUAGAGCAUCCCAGCUUUGAAGUGAAGGCGCGCCUGAAACAAGGGCAAUAUUUUGGUGAGGUCGUGAGUCUCUCGCUUGCACCGCGCAGAACCGCCACUGUGCGAUCCAUCAGUGCGGUGGAAUGUUUGAUGAUCAGCGGUGAGGUUCUAGUAGAAUUCUGGGAGAGGUGUCCUCCGAAAGUUCGCGGACAGGUGGAAAGAACUGCCAAGGAGCGCCUCCAAUCAGCGUCCGAUGGCGAUGUUGUGAUGUCAGAAGCGGGAAGCGCUGAGCAACCAGCAAGCGAGCUAAGUGUCGAUGACAAUUUCAAGAUUAGGGCCGCUCGCAGACAGUCCAUGCCGCUUCUGACCCUAACUGAAACGGAAUUGGACAGCACUCCGAAAGUCAACGGGGUAGAUGAACCAAGUGUAUUGCGGCCUUCCGAUCCGGAUCCUUUCCUCAGCGUGGGCUUGGAUAAAGUCCGACUUCGAAGCCGGCGCAGUUCUGUGGCCCCGUUGACACCGGAGGAGGUUGCUGGAGAGCAACAGAGGUCGUCGCCUCCAUCAGAGCCUAGAUCCACCAGUUCGUCCUUUCUCACGCUGCCCGGAGCCGGCGAGUUCUCGGCACCCUCGGAGAUACUCCGUGAACCGCGUCGUGAUAACCACGGCUUACUUCCCGACAGGGUGCUUCUGGUUAUUUUCCAGCACCUCGAGCUCCACGAUCUUCUUCGCCUCAGGGCAGUCUCGAUGCACUGGUCGGAAAUCCUCAGCAAGUCAACGGAGUUACUUCAUGACCUGAACCUGAGCUCAUAUAACCGAUGCGUCACCGACGACGUGUUGGUGAAGAUCAUUUGCCCGUUUGUGGGCAGCAGACCGCGUUACAUUGACAUAAGCAAUUGUUUCCACAUCACAGACGAGGGGUUCAGCAAACUGGUUACGACGUGUGGCCGUAACGUUGUUGGGUGGAAAAUGAAGAGUGUCUGGGAUGUCACAGCAUCUGCUAUCCUCGAUAUGGCUAGCAAAGCCAACGGUCUUCAGGAGGUUGAUCUCAGCAAUUGUCGGAAAGUCGGAGAUACGCUCCUAGCUCGAAUUGUCGGCUGGGUCGCGCCUGGCCAGCAUAAGUCGAACGACGAGACAGGCAAGACGAGCAAGGCGUCCAUGAAGCCUACUAGGCAGACCGCAGCCGGGACCGUUUUUGGCUGCCCCGAGCUAAAGAAGUUGACCCUGUCUUACUGCAAGCACGUUACGGACCGGUCAAUGCACCAUAUCGCGUCUCACGCCGCCUCGAGAAUCGAGCAGAUGGACCUCACCCGUUGCACCACCAUCACCGACCAUGGAUUUCAAUACUGGGGCAAUGCCCAGUUCACCAAUCUUCGGAAACUGUGUUUAGCGGAUUGCACAUAUUUGACUGAUAAUGCCAUAGUCCAUCUUACAAACGCCGCAAAGCAGCUGCAGGAAUUGGAUUUGUCAUUUUGCUGCGCUCUCUCUGACACCGCCACAGAGGUGCUCGCGCUGCAAUGCUCCCAAUUGACCUAUCUCAAUAUGUCCUUCUGUGGCUCUGCCAUAUCUGACCCCUCUCUGCGCAGCAUUGGCCUGCAUCUUUUACAUCUCAACCGCCUUUCAGUCCGGGGAUGUGUUCGAGUCACCGGCGCCGGAGUCGAGGCGGUUGCAGACGGUUGUAAUCAACUCAUGUCCUUCGACGUCAGUCAGUGCAAAAAUCUUCACCCUUGGCUCGAAGCCGGGGGUCCUCGCAAAUACGGAAAGAGAAUCUCCUUCGAGACCGUUGCGCUGAACGGACGAGUCUUCCGCUGA